CUUGUGCGGCCGGAGACCAAGGGCUGGACCGGGUUCUCCAGCUCGAUGGCGCACAUCACCAUUAACCAGUAUUUGCAGCAGGUGUAUGAAGCCAUUGACAGCAGAGAUGGAAGAUCCUGUGCGGAGUUGGUGUCUUUUAAGCACCCUCAUGUUGCAAACUCCAGGCUUCAGUUGCCCUCCCCAGAAGAGAAGUGUCAACAAGUCUUGGAACCCCCUUAUGAUGAAAUGUUUGCAGCUCAUUUAAGGUGUACUUAUGCAGUGGGAAACCAUGAUUUCAUAGAAGCAUACAAAUGCCAGACUGUGAUUGUACAAUCGUUCCUGCGAGCAUUUCAGGCCCACAAAGAAGAAAACUGGGCUUUGCCUAUCAUGUAUGCAGUUGCACUUGAUCUUCGAAUAUUUGCCAAUAAUGCGGAUCAACAGUUGGUGAAGAAAGGGAAAAGCAAACUUGGAGACAUGUUGGAAAAAGCAGCUGAGUUGUUAAUGAGUUGUUUCCGUGUCUGUGCCAGUGACACUCGUGCUGGAAUAGAGGAUUCUAAGAAGUGGGGGAUGCUGUUCCUGGUGAAUCAGUUAUUUAAAAUUUACUUUAAGAUCAACAAACUCCAUUUGUGCAAACCUCUCAUUCGAGCAAUUGACAGCUCAAAUCUCAAAGAAGAUUAUAGCAUUGCACAGAGAGUGACAUACAGAUACUAUGUUGGACGCAAGGCUAUGUUUGAUAGUGACUUUAAACAAGCUGAGGAAUAUCUGUCAUUUGCAUUUGAGCGUUGUCACCGCUCCAGUCAGAAGAACAAGAGAAUGAUUCUGAUAUAUUUGCUUCCAGUGAAAAUGCUAUUGGGUCAUAUGCCAACUAUUGAACUUUUGAAAAAGUAUCAUCUUCUGCAGUUUGCUGAAGUGACCAAAGCUGUAAGUGAAGGCAAUCUCUUACUACUGAAUGAAGCUCUGACAAAACAUGAAACCUUUUUUAUUCGCUGUGGUAUUUUCCUUAUUCUUGAAAAAUUGAAGAUCAUCACCUACAGGAAUCUUUUUAAGAAAGUGUAUUUGUUACUCAAAACACAUCAGUUGUCUCUUGAUGCUUUUCUGGUUGCCUUGAAAUUUAUGCAAGUAGAAGAUGUAGAUAUUGAUGAAGUUCAGUGUAUUUUGGCUAAUCUCAUAUACAUGGGUCACAUUAAAGGGUAUAUAUCACAUCAGCAUCAGAAGCUAGUUGUGAGCAAGCAAAACCCAUUCCCUCCACUAUCAACAGUGUGUUGAAUGUAUAACGUGACAAUGGAAAAGCAAUUUGUUGCCUUUGUUUUCAUUCGCAUUGAAGUCAGUAAUAAUAAGGUCAUGUUAUUCGUGGGAGCCAAGGAACUCUUGAAGACCUCCCUUUCAGGGAUGGUGAGACUGAGUCUGCCAGCGUACACGCAUGGAUGACUGGACAUGUUCUUUUAUCACUCGUGGCUGGUGUUCGCCUCACAAAGAGUCAGCAUUCCUUUUUCAGACAAGGAAAACCCCUCGGGGGGCUCGGCAGUAUUCUCGGACUCUGUAAAAGAGGCUUUGUCUUGAAGGCAGCUACCAGUUUACUUUUUUAUAAAUAUUGUUCAUAAAAGUAAUCUUUGUGAUUUUUUGGUAACUUUCUAUAAAAAAAGACAUUCUGAAUUUAUACAAAUGCCAUGUUUUUUAAUUGUCUCUUGCAGGAUAUAUCUAUUUUUAAGCAUUAAAAUGGCUUCUCUUUAAAAGUUGAAUUUAAUUGUAUUUAAAAUUUCCAGAUUUCAUAGCCUGUCCUUUUGAUCUUUGUCUUCUGUUUAUGAAAAAGUUAGGAAAGAAGAAAACUUCAUAAUAAAACAUUUAAACUCA